AUCGGCAAACGUCUGAUAUGCUGUUCCAUCACAGUUCUUGGAGUACUGGUACAAGAGAAACAGGUGGAAGGAGAAUGAGAGCAGCAAGUAUGGGUGAUAGUCUACCAUCACCUGAUAAUCAUUUAUCGAUGGACUUCCCUCAUACCUUUUAUGGUCAUUAUGAGGAUAUAGGUCCUAAGGAUAGGAUGGAGGAUGCUCCUAUGUUACAUGAAUUCCAGGACCAUAGUGGGGGUAUAUUUGGUGUUUUUGAUGGACAUGGUGGUCCAGGAGCUGCUAAUUUCGCAAGGGAUAAUAUAUAUAAGUUCAUAAUAAAUGGACUAGAAAAAGAAGAGGAUCGAGUUGAUGCCUUCAUUGAUGGGUACAAGAGGACCGAGGAAGCAUUGUCACAGUAUUUAAAAGAAGAUGAGUUCCCUGUACUCAAGGCUAAAUAUGAUAUCGAUGAUAAUUAUGAGGAACUGGAUAAGGAUUAUCCAGUGUUAUCCUCUGGUACUACUGCUUGUGUAUGUAUGUUGGAUGCCUCUCGGAAACCUGCUACAUUAACUGUAGCCAAUCUUGGUGAUUGUAAAGCAGUAUUGAAUAGAGGGGGCAAGGCGAUAUGUUUGACAAACUGUCAUAAUCUUAAAGACCCAUUACCAGAGGAGAGGGAACGAGUGAUGCCUUACUUCAACAAUGGGGUUUUGGGAGACUACCUCUUUGGGAUAGCAGUCACACGAUCACUCGGUGACUUGGUUGUGGCGACAGGUGAAAAGAAUGAGGGAUUGCUGAGCAUACCAGAGGUUGUAGAGGUAGACGUGGAACCAGUAGAUAGGUUCCUAAUCAUAGCCAGUGAUGGUAUAUUCGAAGUUAUGGAUCCCCAGACUGCGGUAGAGACGGUACGAUUACAUCUACUAGGUAGGAGAUCUACACCAGGAUCAGCAGCGUAUACGUUGGUAAAGCAAGCAUUGGCUAGAGGAACUGUGGAUAAUGUCUGUGCUAUUGUUGUUAUGUUACAUGAUUAUCGAUUUGGCUUGAAAGCAUUGCUCACUGGUGGUAUUAAGAAUGAGCAUUUGCAUGGUACAG